CACAGACACAUACACACAAGGUUCGUCUGCUAUAUAAUGGCCAGAUAUUCCAGCAGCGAUUCUUGUGUUGUGUUCGUCUCGGCGUUUUAAGGACCAAACCAAAAAUGAAAACACUGGAAAUAAUUUUGUUUUUGAUUGUUGUUGGAUGUGCUGCCGACAGGAGGAAUCGACCUGAAGGUUAUGAAGGGGAUAUUUUCGGAAGAUUUCCGGGUUAUUUCUACACUAAGGAAGAAAUAAAUAAUCUCCUAACGGAAUUAAAUAUGGCGAGGUCAAUGGAAACUGGGAUAGCAGGCUCUGAUCCAAUCAAUCAUGCAUGUUGUUCUAGUACCGCUAACUACACAAGUUUCGAAAAAGUAACUGACAUCAAUGGACGCAAUGUCACCUUGGUGAAGGUCAAUAAUCGCUCUCAGUAUUUCCUUCAGGAAACAUGCACCCAAAGCUCGACGCCUUGUACUUGUAAAUGUAAGUGUAAGAUGAUGCCACAGAUCUUUACGGCUAUAGUUGAGAACACAGCGUACAGCAACGUCAACACUAACCAAGUGAUGUUGGCGCUCGUAAAGGUGGACUCGAUUUGUCGGUGCAUCAACAACGCUCCACCUCCACCUCCCCCUCACACCCAGGACACCACGCCGACAGGUGUACCAGAUACAGAACUAUAACAAUUUACACUUUGUUGUGUUUGUCUAUAUUUAGUUUAAUAUGUGAAUAGCAUAUGUUUUAUCAUUUUAUAAUAAUAGAACCUACCAAACAAGAUACUAGAAAGUUUAUAUCUAUCUAUAUAUAUAAUUCUCUUCUGGGAGACGUUAGAAAACAAACUGCAAGCGCCUCCUUGCAGUCCCCUCUCUUUCUCUCUAUCACUAUCACUAUCACUACCACCCCCACCCCACCCCCACAUGGUCUGGUGAGUUGUGGUCACGCUAAAUUAAAUGUUACAAAUCGUAGAGCCGGGUUUAGUGACGGCUAUUAGGGGCAGAUACUUUAGUUUGAAACAAUUUUAAACUUACAGGAGGUAACUAAGAGGAGGCUGCU